CGAAGACGGUGCGGUUGUGGCCUUGUUGCCUACCUCGAGCAGCGGUCGGCCUCUCCACAUAGAACUCAGGAGUGGGAGAUUCAGAAUCGAAUCUCUUCUCCCUCCCCCUCCUGGUUACAAAUCACUUGAAAUUUAUAAGUUAGUGGAACUUUGCUUGAGUUUUUCAGCUUUGUGAAGCCCAGCAUCAAACACAAUGGCAAGCAAUGUUACCAACAAGACAGAUCCUCGCUCCAUGAACUCCCGUGUAUUCAUUGGGAAUCUCAAUACUCUUGUGGUCAAGAAGUCUGAUGUAAAGGCAAUCUUCUCGAAGUAUGGUAAAAUUGUGGGCUGCUCUGUUCACAAGGGCUUUGCCUUUGUUCAGUACGUUAAUGAGAGAAAUGCCCGAGCUGCAGUAGCAGGAGAGGAUGGCAGAAUGAUUGCUGGCCAGGUUUUAGAUAUUAAUCUGGCUGCAGAGCCAAAAGUGAACCGAGGAAAAGCAGGUGUGAAACGAUCUGCAGCGGAGAUGUACGGCUCCUCUUUUGACUUGGACUAUGACUUUCAACGGGAUUAUUAUGACAGGAUGUACAGCUACCCAGCACGUGUUCCUCUUCCUCCUCCUAUUGCUCGGGCUGUAGUGCCCUCUAAACGCCAGCGUGUAUCAGGAAACACCUCAAGAAGGGGAAAAAGUUUCAAUUCUAAGAGUGGACAACGAGGAUCUUACAAGUCUGGAAAGUUGAAAGGAGAUGACCUCCAGGCCAUUAAGAAGGAGUUGUCCCAGAUAAAACAAAAAGUGGAUUCUCUGCUGGAAAGCCUGGAAAAAAUUGAAAAGGAGCAGAGCAAACAAGGAGCUGGAGUUGAUCAAGGAUGAUGAAAAAGAGGCUGAGGAAGGAGAGGAUGACAGAGACAGCGCCAAUGACGAGGAUGACUCUUAAGCACAUA